AUGGACAUGUCGACGGCCACCACCACCACCACCUCCAGCAUGACGAUGUCUUCCACAUCCGAGAGCAUGGGCGUGUCCGAUAUGGCAUUCAACACCGACAACCUCUCUGCAAUUCUUUUCUCCCAGUCGUGGAUGCCAACUACCACUGCGGGCUACGUGGGCUCAUGGUUCUUUCUCUUCUUCUUGUCCGUGAUAUGGCGGGCCUCAGCUGCGAUGCUUUCCAAGCUAGACGCGUUCUGGGCGGCGAAGAAUGCAAGGUACUCAAUUUUGAUCAAUGGUGGUCAAGAUCAACCCACACAAGCGGAUCUUGUGUCGGCAUGGCGGCUUUCGGUCAAUCUGCCUCGAGCGGCACUACGAAUGGUUCACCAAGGUAUCGCAUAUUUACUCAUGAUUGCAGUGAUGACCAUGAAUGUCGGGUUUUUCUUCGCGGUGCUUGUCGGUUACUUCUUUGGAGAACUGGUGUUUGGUCGUGUGUCACGGUCUGAUUAA